AGGCUGUGUGUGGAACAUCCAGCCCACAAUAACCUACGCCAGUGCCCCCUCCCUGUCACCCACUGUUAGCCAGAUACUCAGGUUAAAGAGCUGAUGAAUUAAUAGCCUGUAAGUAAGGAUCCCCACCCCUGAUGCCACUGAAUAUGAGAAGCUGACCAAGAAGACGUGAAGGGCAGUGGCUGGACCAAUGAGAUUAAAAAACAGAGAAACAUGUCCAGCUGGCAGUAGCCUAGAGCUCCCUCACUGAAACACUAUGCAGGCAGCAGCACAUACUGAUACCAAUCUGAACUGCAGCAAAGAACCAGCCUGCCAGUCCCUGCCCAGCACCCAGCUGCUCUCUCCUUACUUUAUAGACUACAUUCUCGGAAAAGCUCCUACAGACAAGAAGAAAAUUCCAGGAAAUAUCCAACAAAAGCCACAGGAGGAUUUGGGGGGUGCUGGAUCCCCCCCUGCAAAGAUCUUAUGUAAGACAGGAACAGCUACCAAACUCAGAGAUGGGGAAAGCAUGGAAAAGAGACUGACAGGGGUAAUGGAGAGCACUGUUGGGGUGGAAGUAGCUAAUGAAAUGUGUGAUGAAGACAGAACUGGAAAAAAGAUUGAACCUGUUGCUAAACAGAGUUGUGCCUUGGAGUCAUCCGCUCCCUCAGGGAAAAGGAAACAGCGUAGGUACCGCACCACAUUCAGUAACCUGCAGCUAGAGGAGCUUGAGAUGGCAUUCAGGAAGUCCCACUAUCCAGAUGUUUUCACCAGGGAGGAUCUUGCAAUGAGGCUGGAUCUAACAGAAGCCAGAGUGCAGGUUUGGUUUCAAAAUCGGAGGGCAAAAUGGAGAAAACGGGAGAAGACUGAAAUGCUGGGAGGAAUUUCUGGAUUUCCCAUGAGCCAUCCUUUGGGACUGUAUCUUGAUGGCAAUUCACCUCUAACCGAUUCUGCCUGGAAAACAGUACCUCUGUCCACUGUGCCAUUACCAUCUGUCAUGCCUGCUUUAAGCACUUCUCCUCCGGGUUCCCUAAACCUCAGUAACAUCUCUUGGGCAGCACUUUUCAGUAGUCCCCUUCUAAAUCCUUAUUUUGGAAGGUUCCUUGGUGUUCUUAACCCGCUAAUGACCACAUCCUCCCUCCUGAUGGAAAACCCAAUUCCUGCCUCAGACUCUGAUUUCACAGCUCUCACUGAUCCAACUAUGGGUGAAUGGAAAAUGUCCAGUAUUGCUGCUUUGAGACAAAGUGCAAAAGAACAUUCUGAACAAGUCCCCACCAUAAAUCUCAGUGGUGGCAGCUUUUCUGAGACUAACAAAGAAAUGUGCUGAUUCCUUUGGAAGGGGCUACUGAAAAGACAAUUUCUGGACAGUACCCAGUGCACUGUUUUGAAUAUGUUUAAGAGGGAAUUAUGCUGCAUUUAGUGGACCAGUGAAUGAAUUUACCAAGCAAUUUAAAUUAUAUUUUGAACAGAAGUUAAAGCUUUCAAAAUUACCUCCACACAUUCUUGAGUUUAUGUUAUUUUGUGUGAUUCCUGCACAAACCAUAACUUAGUACUACAUGGACUCACGAUAAAUCCAUCACAUUCAUGGUAUUGUUAGUAGUCUAAGAACCUCACAAACAAUGCACAACUAGUAAGCAAUACAGAAUCUACUUUGCAAUGCAGAAUAUAUGCCUACACGUGCCUUAGAAACUACACCAAUUUGCUGAAUUUUGGGGAUCAAAGCCCCAGUUUACUAGCCAACAAUUAUCCAGAUUAUAAUAUUCUAUUUAAAAAUCUCUCUUUUUUUUAGCAAUGUAAGUAUAAUUUGUAAAGGAUGGGCACAUAGUACAUGCCUAUAUUUGUGUAAAUUAUAUUUGUGAUAAAGAAAUAUAAUUUCUAAUGUCAAAUGCAGGAGAAUUCAUUGUGAGUAUUCUAUAAGCAUAAUUAAAGUAACCUAUAGUUAUCUUU